AUGUCUUCGGCCGAUAGCGUUAGGAGAAAUAUUGUCAGACAGAGUACCUUGGAACAUGCGUAUAGGGACAUAUAUCCUAGUACUACCACGGACACGUUAUCACCAGGCAAACCUUACCCAUUCUUCGUUGCAAGUUCUGUGAAAAGUACACUUGGAAGUCCGACUGCGUUGGCGAUUGGUGCAUUUUCUACCACUCUCACCACUCUCUCCUUGAGUUUGAUGGAAUGGCGAGGGGUGACGACAACAAAUGUUUACAUUGGAAAUUUCUUCUUUGUUGCUGGUAUUGGAAUGGUCAUUUCAGCGCAGUGGGAAUUGGUUCUAGGUAACUCAUUUGGUUAUACAGCAUUAAGUGCUUUCGGUUUCUUCUACGGUGGCUUCGGUGCAAUCCUCACACCAAUCUUCGGCGUAAGCGAUGCCUACGGAACAGACACAGUACAAUACAACAACGCCCUCGGAUUCUUCGUCCUCAUGUGGGCCGUUCUGAAUCUCUUCUUCCUCUUCGGCUCUCUACCCAUCAAUCUCGUAUACAUCGGCAUCUUCUUCUUCGUCGAGCUCUGUUUCACGCUCGUCGCCGCCUCCUAUUUCGCCACCGCCGACGGUUUCGCGGACACAGCUAUCGCGCUUAAGAAAGCAGGCGGUGUAUUUGCGUUCUUGGCGGGUCUGCUCGGGUAUUAUACCGUCGCGCAUUUGAUGUGUCAGACGGCGCUGUUUUGGCAUUUUCCGAUGGGGGAUACGAGUCGGUUUUUUGUUAGGGCGAAGGUGGGCGUAGAUGGGGGAAGUCAGGAGGGGAGUGGGGAGGAGGGGGGGAAGGAUCGUUGA